AUGGCAUUGACUGAAAUAACGGAAAAUGACGUUCUGCAGCAGAACACGAUCAUCCGGUCCCGGUCCACGACGUACACGGUGCACAACAUGAUCGGCACCGGUCGUUUUUCGCGCGUCUACAAUGCGUCGGUGGUGGGCACGGGCAACGCGGUGGUGAUAAAGGCGCUGAACAACUCGUACUCCAGUAAACGGUUCGACCGGAAACUGUACAUCAAGGAGUUGGACUUGUUGAACAGACUCAAGUUCAGCCGAUUGCGGGCCCGGUUCGUUCAGCUGAGAGACGCGGUCCUGCUCAAAUCAGGAAAGAUAUGUUUCGUCAUGGAGAGGCUGGGCACCACCCUGCAGGCCGUGCUGCAUAACAUCGGUCCGCUGCCAAUUUCUGCAUGUCGACCGAUCGUCAGACAGAUCGCACAAGGCUUGGCGGGCUUAAAGUGUUUGGGGAUCGUGCACGCCGACCUCAAGCCCGACAACAUAAUGUUCUGCUCUGGAACCGGUGACAAUUUUCUUGUGAAGAUCAUCGAUUUCGGCUGGGCGUUCGACAUGAAGAACGCGCACACCAUGUACCACAAACAGAUUCAGGCGAUCCCUUACCGCGCACCCGAAGUGUGCUUCCAAGGGAGUCUGGACCACGGUCUGGACAUGUGGGCGCUGGGAUGUAUCAUGCCGGAAAUCGUUACCGGCGUAAGACUGUUCGACGUGGCCGAGGAGGAACUGUUGAUCAAAAUGAUUAUACGCACGCGGCCCGUGCCCAAGUUCAUGGUAUCGGAUUUACGAACAGAUAUUCGGGAAACCGAACUAACCGUCGGUUGGAUUCAAUUCCAGAACUUGUACGCUGACACGAUUGGACAACGCGACCAGCAAUGGCGUGAGGAUAUCACGUGGUUCGUGGACUUGGUGUACAAAAUGCUAAUAGUUAUGCCGGAAAUGCGUAUAACAGCAGUCGACGCACUCGCACAUCCGUUUCUGACGAUCGUGCAUUUUAUAAAAUACCCCAGCACAGUGAUGACCAAGAGAAAUACUGAGUUAAUGGCAACGUGUUUGUUAGACAUUUGA